AGUGUGUAAUACUUAAAUUCCUUUUCAUAGCAGGAAAAUGAAAACUCAAGAAGUCACUUCCAAAAGCAAAAAGGCACAAUUUCUAGCACCCAGGUCAUUAAUUAGGAAGCGACUUCAAGCAAUUGCAGAAAAUUCAUUAAGAAGGGAACAACUCCGUACUUGUCAUGACAUGAACUUGAAUAUUCAAAAUCCAACACAAGAUCAAAAUAUGGAUGCAAAUUUUAGCGCUGAUUCAGAAAACUUUGAAGAGGAGAAUUUUGCACAAAAUCGCAGGAGAAGUGCAAAUACUAACAAUGAAGAGAAUGAUGAUUCUGCAGAAUCAGAUAAUCAUCGAGUGCAAAGUGAUGAUGCAAUACUAAAUGAAUCUCGACAAGAAGCUGAUAAUUCUCAUAAGAAGAAAAAUCCACCUCGUGGUAAUAAUAAGUGUCUAAAGUUGAAUAAUUUGUCACAUGGGGAGAAAAAGAUCAUUACUUUUUAUCAGAAUAGAGCUAUUGAACCAGAAUUUUCACGAUAUCUUGGAAUUAUUAUUCGAGAUAGAAAUAUUUGCCCAGUAGCUGUUGAGAAUUGGGCCAAAAUACCACAACAAAAUAAAGAUCAUAUGUGGGCAUCCAUUAAGGAUAAAUUUGAUGCUGAUGACAUGGAGCAAAAGAGAGAGUCAGUAAUGAGAUACUUGCGCGAUUUGUGGAAUAAGUGGCGUGGUGACAUGCACAGGAAAUAUGUGAAAGAAAAUUCAUUGCAAGUUGCACUUAGAAAUAAACCUACAGAAGUGAGUGUUGAUGACUGGGAUUGGCUAGUUAAGGAACAUUAUUUUUCUUCAAAAUUCCAGAAAGCAAGCCAACAAAAUACACUUAACAGAGGCAAAAGAAAGAUGCUCCACCACACGGGCAGCAAAUCCUUUAGACAAAUUGCGUGGGAAUUGGAUGGCAAGUCAGGAAAUCCACCUGAUGUGGUAAAAAUGUUUCAUGAAACUCGAAAGAAAGCUAAUGAAACACUAGAAAAUGGGGAUCAAGAUAAAUAUUUGAGAAAAUCUGGGGGAAGCAAUCUCAUGGUCACAUCACUGUAUUUGGUGGCGGGACUACUUUGA